GCAAUGCUACUCCCAUGGAAAGACAGCCAACUUUGGAGGAUAUGAUAUUGCAGCUAGAGUUGGAAGAAAAGAUGGCAAGAAAAGCCAAGCUUGAUGAUGAGUAUGGUGAAUUCCAAUCUCGAAUGUCAUGCGUUAACAGCUCUGACAUUUUGCGAACUGCAAGGAACGCAUUAAAUCAGUACCCUCGGUUUUCUCUUGAUGGGAAGGACGCCAUGUACCGAUCUUCUUUCCGAACCUCAGCCCCCAAUGGCAGAAAGUCAAUCUGCUGCAACCGUGAAUUCAGAAACAGGACUUGUAAAGAUGGUCUUAAUUCGGAGCACCAGAACAGUUUGUGUCUACCACGAACAUUAGCAGGAGAGAGUAUAGUGUGGUGCAAACCAGGGGUGGUGGCCAAGUUGAUGGGACUUGAGGCUAUGCCAAUUCCACCAAAUAGGAAUUUGAGUAGGGAAAGGCUGAACUCUAUUAUUAAGAAGAAAAUCUUAGGAGGAGAGCUGAAAGACAGGAUACGGCGGAAAGGAGAAGAGUAGUUGUCGGUACAAACGGUUGUGGUGGUGGAAACAAGAAAGGGAUGGUCAAUUCUCGUUCAACAACUGGAUACUGUGUUAUGAAGCCUGUGGCAAUAGAGCUAGCAAAUGAUCAUGAGGCAGGUUGGCCAAUGCGGCAUUUUCUGUAAAAUCACCUAGUACAGUAUGAUUAUGAUUAGAUGUCAUCCUACUGGAAGAGCUGGUUUACAUUGCAAUAUAUUACUUUAUUAGUUUUGCUUGUAAGAAAUGAUAAACCCAAGUGGUACAUGAUUAAUGAUUUGCUUGCUUGAGAGUCUGAGACCCUGACCUCUGUGUGUGUGCGUG